UCUGGCGUCCACAUUGGCCACCACCUCCUUGACACAUCAACAUUGGAAUUCGCUCACAAACCGUGCCUACUCCCCAGUCCUCCGCCCUCGCCCCGGUUCCCCUGGGCGGGUUCAACAUGAAUUAAGCCCGAAAGUUAGACAGCUCGCCCCACGCCGCAGCCCAUGGAUCGGCGGGCCAGCCUCACGCCCACCGCCGGUGGCGUCAGUGGCGGAGCUGGCGGAGCUGGCAGUGGCCCGUCCACGUCAUUGGCCGCUUCGCAAAAUCUGCCGGCUGUGCUCAACAAUCCGGGCAAAGGCAAGCAAAAGGAUUUCUUCACGCGUUCUUGGGGUGACUCGUUUACCGAGCAUCGUCCUUUGGUCUCUCCGUCCCAUCUUCCCGACGUUCAAGCCGAGCAUUUCGAGCGCUAUCGCCGAAAGGUCCACAAAUACGCUUCAAUCCACGAGCGCCACAGCCCCGCUCUACCUCCAUCGACGCCGGUUAUCCUGCCGCCGUCCUCUUCUGCCAAAGAUGUGGACCGCGUGUUUCUUGACCCCAAUUUCGAUUUAUCUCGGCCGGACACGUUUGCUGCCAUUUUCAAAUUCAAACCGGGCAUUUCCCUCACUGAACAGGUUCAGAGUGACAGCGCCAAGCUCCAAGAGCAGCUCAGUCAUCAGUUGGACUCUGUGGAAGUAGAUAUUGCUCAUCAAGUGGCGCAAAAGUCCCACCAUUUCUUUCAAGUCAUGACGUACCAUGACGCGCUGAUGACCCAACUAAAGUCUUUGGUCAAGCUGAUCCGGAACCUUCGAGCUAAUUUGAGUAGUGUGGAUGAGAAGGCCCUCCAGCCCUCGUUCCAAAUAUGUCAGUUCAAGAGGAGGCUCUCGAAUGCUCAGAGCGUGUUGGAUAAGUUGAGUUUGAUGUCGUUCCUCCACCAAACCCAACCCACGAUUCAAGUUCUACUUACAACGUCAGAGUUCUCGGGUGCAUUGGACCUCAUAACGACGUCGUGUGAGAUCAUGGCUGUGGAUUUGAAGGGUGUAAUGUCAUUCCGUCAUUUGACCUCUCAGCUCACUGAAAUCAAGACUAUCAUAGGAAAGAUCCUCUUGGAGGACUUCCAGACCUUUAUCUCCUCCGAGAUUGGCAGGGAAACGAUUCAUAUCAAGGCAACGGCUCUAGAUCACACCCAAAACAGUUGGACCGAGUUCGACACCGAUCAGCUCCGCGGUGUCAUCUACGGACUCCUCCGACAGAACUCGUACACCUUUCUGGAAGCCCUGGAAGAGGCCAGUGUGAUCGCCAUCAAGAGCACCAUGAAAGAGGUGGUCCUGAACUGCAUAGGGGACAGCUUGCCCAAUGUGAAGGAAACCACAUUGACCAAUUUGGUGGGCGAGCAUGCACAGAAGGCCUCGAGUGAGGAGUGGAUCGAUCUGUUCGACGUGCUCAUUGGCUCACUGAUUGUGCUUCAACAACGGAUCGGGGUCAUCCAUAAGGUGAUCAUGGAGUCGAUCAACUCGGCCAAUCUUUCCACGGACCCCAGCUCGUGCAAUAAUUUCAAUAAUAAUAAUAAUAAUAACAACAACAACUCCGUGGUGGUUCCGGAAGAGCAAUUGCAUCGUCUCCGGAACACCAGCCAAGAGGUUCUUAUCAAUAUCUGUGAUCAGAUGAAUGAGAGAUGCGCCAAACUCUUGACCCAACGGUCCAAAGGUGCCUCCAUUAGCCAUAUAACCACUCAAGAGCUGACCAAUAUCGGCUUGUUGGUCUCCAUCAUGGCCUCGGAAUCAAUCAAGCAAUCCAAACGACCUUGCACAGGUCUGCAAUUGUGUCUGCAAGGCCAAUCCGUCAUGUUCAUUCAAAACUUUCACGACGAGCAACGCCUGAAAGUCUCGCAAAUCCUCGAAAAAGAGACCUGGAAGAAAAGCACCUCCGAUCCCAGUCCCGUCCUGGCUCGUCUGGGCGCUAUCCCGUCCAUGUCCAAUCUCUUCACCACCGCCUCCACUCCACCGCCCCCCAAUGAACCCACUAAAACCAACGGAGAGGGCAGCCACGCCAGCCACGCCAGCCACGCCUCCUCUUCAUGCUUCCACAUCCGCGGACAAGACUUCCACGUGGUCGAGUGCGUGUCCACGUUCCUGAAGAUCCUGGCCGAGUACUGCAAUCUCUGCUCUAUGUUGCCUUCCGUCACCGUAGAACUGGGCCUCAAGACCGCCGAUCUCGUCAAGUUCUUCAACUCUCGGGUGUGCCAAUUGGUCUUGGGGGCGGGUGCCAUCAACGUGUCGGGUCUGAAGACCAUCACCAUUCGGAACCUGGCCUUAGCCUCGCGAAGUGUGGACAUGAUCCGCUAUUUCAUACCGAGUAUCCUGUCCCACUUCCAGACUUGCUACAAUGAGCAUCGACCCCAAGAUGGCAUCUCGUCCCUCAACCUCUCACCGGGUUCCACCAAAGCCGAGAUCCGGCAAUUGGAGAUCCUCAAACGACAGUUCGAUCAGGCCAGUAAGCACUUGGACAAUCACACUUUGGAGCUGUUCACCAAGAUCGUGAAUGUGGUGGAUUCCAUCAUCCAACAUCAUCUCUGCAAUUGGAAACCUACCUCAGGCGUGCCUUCGGCCAGUUUCAAGGCGCUUUGCAAGCAACUCCAUAAGCUCUAUGAGAGUGUGGAGGACGUGUGGAUGCGGCCAGAGAUCCGGAGGCUUUUCGAAGAGGUCCACAAACGGCUGUUGAGUGCGGUCAAGGUGGAGAUCCGCACCAGAGGUCUGGGCAAUGUGGAGCAUCAGUAUGCUCAGCACCUGACCUCGGAGCUGACGUUCUAUGGGCAGUGCAUGCUCAGAUUGGAUGUCCUCGAGGAGACUGAGUUAACCCGCGAGACCUUUGAGCGGCUAUGGAAGACGCUGUGAGCGAAAGAAACCUGUGAUAAGAAUAUAACACCCACACACCCCCAACCCUCCGUCUUGUUUUGGUUAUUGAUUUUUCCUUCCUUCUUCCUCUCCCCUCAUCCCUACAUGCAAGUUAUGAUAAUAAAAAGUCCAUGAAGAAAA